GAAACAAAGGAACAGAAGAAGCCGAAUCGCAUCAGUCCAUUUUCACCUGAAGCGCGUGUUCCACUGCCAAGCGAGAUCAAUGAAAUCAAUUUUGGAACAACGGUAUGGAAACGUAAUGAACGAGAACGCCUACGGGUUCGCUGCGUAAAUGAUGGUUACGAAAGGCUUCGCAAUCAUUUACCGCUCACUGAAAGCGAUCGUCGUAUUAGUAAAGUGGACACACUAAGACUAGCGAUCCGGUAUAUUCGUCAUCUGGAUGCACUGCUGCAGAGUUACGAUCACUGGAUCAAGUGUGAUUGCUUCCGGACAUUUCAAACUGAAUCCGAGGAACGCGCCGAGCGACUGCGACGAAUUGACCGAAGAAAGCGAGCUUUGGAUUCAUCCUCUUCGUCAGCUUGA